AUGUUAUGUACGUUUAGCAGGGUGGUAGGAAACAAGCAAUGGCUGUUCGAGACGCACUCCUCGAGAGUGAUACAUGGCUCAGUUACUGGACUUCGGUGCAUUCACGCAAGGGCCACUGAGUUUCUACAAAAUAACAAUCAGGACUGGACGGAUUCCCAAAAAACAAUCCGGGAAGCCAUUACCAAGAUCUGCUCGAGAUUCCCCGAGGAGUACUGGGUCAUACGAGACGAGACCAAAGAAUUUCCACACGAGCUUCACAAAGCUUUGGCUCAGGACGGGUGGCUGGGCAUCUGUAUGCCCACCAAGUACGGCGGGUCGAACCUGGGCAUCGCAGAAGCAGCCGUGAUGAUGCAGACCAUCUCGGAGUCGGGAGGAGGCAUGACUGCAGCAUCGUCGGUGCAUAUGAACAUUUUUGGCUUGGAGCCGGUCGUGAAAUUUGGGACUCAUGAGCAGAAGCAGCAAUGGCUUGUGCCGCUGAUUGCCGGCAAAGAAAAGGCGUGUUUUGGUGUCACCGAGCCCAACACUGGUUUGGACACACUCAGGCUUCAAUCUUACGCCAGACGGGACGGAGACCACUAUGUUCUCUCCGGCCAGAAGAUCUGGAUAUCUACGGCGCAAAACGCCCAGAAGAUCCUCAUUCUUGUACGGACCACGCCUUUGAAUGAAGUGAAAAAGCCGUCUCACGGCCUGUCUCUUUUCUACACGGAUAUUGACCCGUCGGUGGUUGAGAUCACCGAGAUCCCUAAAAUGGGUCGAGCUGCUGUCGAUUCAAACAGUCUGUUCUUCGACAAUUGGCGUGUACCGGCUUGGCAUCUGAUAGGACAGGAAAAUGAGGGCUUUAAAAUGAUCCUGCAUGGAAUGAACGCAGAGCGAAUCCUGAUUGCUGCAGAGGCGCUCGGUCUUGGAUAUGCCGCCCUUCGCCGUGCAGCAAUCUAUGCAAACGAGAGGCGGGUUUUUGGCCAACUGAUUGGGAAGAAUCAGGCCAUUCAGCAUCCAUUAGCUGACAGCUGGAUGAAGCUGGAAGCAGCCCGUCUGGUGGUGUAUCAUGCUGCACGCCUGUAUGACCAGGGUCAUACUGGAGGGGAAUAUGCCAACGCAGCAAAAUACCUUGCGGCCGAAGCAGCCUUUGAAUCGUGUGAACGAGCCAUCCUUGUGCACGGUGGAAUGGGCUAUGCAAGGGAGUAUCAUGUCGAGAGAUACUUGAGAGAGGUGUUUAUUCCGCGGAUUGCUCCAGUCAGCAGGGACAUGAUCUGUAACUACAUUGGGGAGAGGAUUCUUGGUCUUCCAAAGUCAUAUUAG